UGGUGUCUGCUUAGGAACAUAAGUACUGUGGUGUCUGCUUAGCAAUACAAGUACUGUGGUGUCUGCUUAGUAAUACAAGUACUGUGGUGUCUGCAUAGGAAUACAAGUACUGUGGUGUCUGCUUAGGAAUACAAGUACUGUGCUGUCCGCUUAGGAACAUGAGUGCUAUGGUGUCUGCUUUGAACAUAAGUGCUGUGGUGUUCUAAUGAUGUCGUGUUAUGGUGUCGACAUACAUGACACAAAAGAAUAUGUAACACCAUCCGGAAGUACCAUGUCCAUACAUUUCACCUCGUUAUCAGAGCACAAUUGAACCCAACAUUUUACUGAUAAACUGAAUAUGCAAUGUUGUUAACUCCAGCAAUGUAGGUCAUGAAAAAGAACUCUUCUUUACUUGAGAACACUUUAAGGGCGGACACAUUUCAUGGGGUGCGGCACAUCCAGUCGAAAGGCCGCAAUGGGAAAAACUGAGAAAACUAUCAAGGCGGCCAUACUUAUCCAGAGAUGGUACAGGCGGUACAAAGCGAGGCUAGAGGCCAGACGGAAAGCCACGUGGUGCAUCUUCCAGUCUAUAGAGUACGCUGGGGAGCAGGAUCAGUUCAAGCUGUACAACUUUUUCAACUCAAUGGUGGAACAAUUCUCACAGGACGAACAGCAGAACGCCCUCCUCAAAGUCUUUGGAGAAAAUCAGCAGAGGUCGCUCGUAGCCACUAUGUCCCCGUUCGACCUUCGCAAAGAAGAAGAAACCUUGAGGCUCGCUGAUCCUUCAAAGAUCCCAGUGGACCCACGAUACGACGGCCCUGUCCUUCAGUUCCCAAUAAACAAGACGCAGAUCAAGAACCUAAUUACAGCUUUCAAGGCCAACAAAGUUAUUCACGAGCACUACCUACUGGACCUGCUGCACCAUGCAAGGACCUAUCUCAUGAAGCUGCCCAACAUCAAUCGAGUGUCCACUCUACUCACAAAGCAGGUGACCAUCUGCGGUGACAUACAUGGUCAGCUCAAUGACCUGUUUGUCAUUAUCCACAAGAAUGGUCUCCCUUCAGACGACAACCCUUACAUCUUUAAUGGAGAUUUUGUAGACCGAGGGAACAACAGCAUUGAGGUCAUUACACUCCUUCUGACUUUCCUCUUGGACCCUUCCUGCAAGGUCUACUUGAACAGAGGGAACCACGAGGAUCACGCCAUGAACAUCAGGUACGGUUUUACGAAAGAAGUGAUGCGCAAAUACAAGGAGCACGCUGCCAAAGUCAUCGCCAUGUUUAAUGAAAUCUUCUGUUCUCUGCCACUGGCUACGAUCGUAGACCAGAAGGUCCUGGUCGUCCACGGAGGGAUCUCAGAACAUGUUGACCUGCGAUUGAUAGAGACCAUCGACCGGAAGAAAUAUGUAUCUAUUCUGAGACCUCCUGCCUUUGAAGCGGGUCUCGGUAACCCCAAGCAAGCGAUGAAGAUGAAGGAUCUGGAAGAAUGGCAACAGAUUGUAGACAUUCUCUGGAGCGACCCGCGGGCGGCCAAUGGUAUGGUGUUCAACACGUUCAGGGGCGGGGGCUGCUACUUCGGACCUGAUGUCACACAGAGGGUCUUGGCCAAGCACUCGCUGCAGCUCCUGAUACGUUCACACCAGUGUAAAGAGGAUGGCUACGAGUACACUCAUGGGGGCAAGGUUCUGACAGUCUUCUCCGCAUCCAAUUAUUACGAAGAAGAGAGCAACAAGGGAGCAUACGUCAAGCUCAUGCGUCAGAAGUCCACAGACGACAUGCCCAUCUGUCACGUGGUGCAGUACAUCGCCCAGACGAAACCCGGGCGAAGAUUUACCAUAACAGAAAGGACGAGCUACUUGGAGUCGUCUGCUGUAAGCAGCGUUAAAGAGAGAAUCAUUGCCAAUCGGUCAGCACUGACGGCCAAGUUUGCAGAGUUUGAUCCCGCAGGGACAGGGAUCAUUUCAUCCAAGCAGUGGUUCAAGGCUAUGGAGAGUGUUAUGGGCAUUGAUGUGCCCUGGAGGAUUCUCAAACCCAAGCUGGUCAGCUCUGAAGGCCAAAACGUCUUGUACGAGACCACCUUCCAGGACAAGAGGCUAGGAUAUAAAAAUGAAGAGCAAAUCGGAGAACCAAGCGUGACAGAGAGCUUGUACAGAAACAAAGAGAUCCUCGAGACAAUCUUCAGGGCUUUCGAUAAGGACAACUCAGGCCAUCUCUCAAUGGCCGAGUUCUCAGAGGCCUGCCAGCUGCUUGUGAAGCACGCAAACAUCACUUUGACCCAGAACCAAAUCAGAGACAUAGCCACCAGCCUUGACCUCAACAAGGACGGCAUGAUUGAUUUUAACGAGUUUUUGGAGGCUUUUAGGAUCGUAGACACCGAAACCCAAGAAAUGCGUGAAAAAUUAAACAGCUUCGAAAUAGACGAGCUAAAGAGAGAUAAGAAAAAAUCAAUUUUCAGCCGUUGCUUUGGUGGGCGCUGGUCUAAUAGUCUAUACUAAGAUAUGGGGGCAUGGUGUGGAAAGCCUGCAACUCCCUUAAUGUAUAUUUUAUGAAUACCUGACAUUUUUGGGUUUGCAAGUCUAAAAGUUUGUGUGCUUGUGCAAUUAAACUGAAGGGGAGAGUAUGUGUCCAGAUUUUUUUAUUUGAUGAAGCCACAAUAAGAAUUUCAUUUGUGGAGCCACUUGAUUUAAAAUAUAUAUAAAGAUCAUAUUGAUCAAAAUUCUGCUUGUAUACUUUUUUUUAAAGGAAUUUUAAAUGUAUUUUGUAAUUUACAUCAAGAGUAAGCAAAUAUAAUGUGUAUAAAAAAUAUACUCUUAGCAAUCACCAUGUGUUUAGAAGAUGUUGUUUGUUUUUUUAAUGAAAGUAACAUAGCCUAUGUGUUGUUGUUUUCACUCUACAUAAUCUUCUAUUUAAUUCCUCUAUCAAGUUCUAUAUAUAUUUAGCAUUUGUAUUUUAAAAUUAAUUUAUAAUUUAAAAUGUGUAUGUUUUGUUUCGUGAGUAUGAAUGCUUUGUUUUUUAUGAGCUAAUUUUUUAUAACUAGAAUUGCAAUUGUUUAUUCUCCUGAUUUUAGUUGAGGUCUAAUUAUUUUGCUUUUUUAAAUUGUGGUCUGGAUAAUGUUUCCUGACAAUGAAUCAUCAGUAUUAUACAAAUGUCUUUACAUGUACCAGUACAUUUUUUUCAACUAAGAAAUGAACACAUGAUACUGCUUCAAUGCUUGAUCUUUAUUUACUAUUAAAAAUUUUCUACUUAAAUCAAUAAAUGUUCUUUUUAUAUAUGAACUUCGUUGGUUCUCACUUUCUUAACUUUAUUUCGUAAAUGAUUGACUUCGAUCUUCAUUUUAUUUGUAUUUGUGAUUGACUCCACUCUUUACUUUAUUUGUGAUAAACUUAAUUUUUUCACUUUA